AGAGUAGCGUCAAAAGAGACGGACUGUUGGGAAUUGAUGGGGCGGCACCCCUUCCUUUUGUUGUCAGGCGUAGAGGCAAAGCAUCGAACAGAGGACAGGCGAACGGGAAAUGCGGAAGAGAUGUAGUAAUUGCUGCUGCUGGUAGUAGUGGCAGGGAUGAGGCCGGAAGGGAUGUACAAACGACAGCGCGCUUGUUUGUAACGCUCACGGGCUUGGGGCGGCCAUUCGAUGCUCCACCAAACGCUCACCAUCUCUUCCUUUUUCUACUCCCUCUUCCUGCCUCUCUUCCUCUCUUUCCCUUUGCCCCCUUUGGUCUUCCCUUGCUCCGGACGUUGGGAUGGAGGCCCCGAAGACUUCUUUGCUACAGCAGCAGCAGCCGCAGCAGCAGGGGAGUCACGGGGUUUCGGACGAGGAUGUGGCUUGGGCUGUGGGAAAUGGGAACUUUUGGGGGGAGGAGUUCUCCGUUGACGACCUCCUUAACCUUGAGUUCAUCGAGAACGAGAAGGGAGCAGAGGAGGAGGGGGAGGAAGCGGAGCACAAGGGAACCGAGGACUCCAACUCCGGCUCGCCUUCUCCUUCCUCCUCUUCGUCGCUUUCUUUCCAGCCUCUCUCCGAAAUCAGUCUCCCGGCGCACGACGCGGAAGAGUUGGAAUGGGUUUCUCUCAUCAUCGACGACUCCCUUCCGGAGUUCUCGUCGUGCCCGGGCGUCGUUCCCUUGCCUUCGGCUCCUCGAAGCCCAGACGAAACGGAGACCCAGGCCGAGAGCUGCCGCGCUUACACCAUCGAAGGUGGCUCGUCUGUGAGCCCAACCGUCUGCGUCCUCUCCACCGAAGCCGUGGUGCCGGUCAGGGCCAAGCGGAGCAAGCGCUCCCGGACAGCCGCAGGCUGCUGGUCCGUGUCAAGGCCGCUCCCUUUCGCAGAAUCUUCCUCCGACUCCAUCACCACCACAACCUCCUCCUCUUGCGCGUCCUCUUUCUCGUCUCCCGCUCUAUCUUUCCACCGAGUAACCGACCACAUUUCGGCCGCGGGCGAGAGAAGCAUCCUCCUUUGCGGCAGCCUGCCACCGGACAAGCAGCAGAAACCCAACAAGCGCGGCCGAAAGCCCAAGUCACCGCCGUCCGCAGCUGCCUCCAACGAGCGUCGCUGCACCCACUGCGGCGCCCAGAAGACGCCGCAGUGGAGGGCCGGCCCGCUCGGCCCCAAGACCCUCUGCAACGCCUGCGGGGUCCGGUUCAAGUCCGGCCGCCUCCUCCCGGAGUACCGCCCGGCGUGCAGCCCCACGUUCGUCAGCCACGUCCACUCUAACUGCCACCGCAAGGUCCUCGAGAUGCGCCGGAAAAAGCAGGCAGCGGCGGCUCCGCCUGUCACCUCCUUCUCGACCCGUUCCACUGGCCCGGCCGAGCCGGUUGACUUAUACGUUAUGUAGUGCCAUCCUUCUCGUGUAACGCUUCUUCUACUCAGCUAGCGGUUUAGCUUUCUGUGUCUUUAAGCAAAGGUGGGGAAGGCUCUCUGCAAGACUACAACUGCUUUCUUGUGAGGGCGAAAUGGAGAUUUAGACAUGGAUAGGUAGAGUGGUCGAUCGAUAGAUAUCAUCUCUGUUCGUAUGCAGUGGCUUCUAUACCGCACCCUGUUGCGGAUUGAGCAGAGAUGCUUGCUAAUGUGAUUGGCUCCGUUACUGCUA